AGACAGAGCAGUUUGUGACUGGAGGCAGCAGCAGGACCACCGCAGCACCCACUGACUCUACAACAGACAGGGCCCGAAACUAUUGAUUUCUGCGCAGCGCUGACACAGAGGUCCAAAUACAAACAUGGUGUUCCGAGGCACGAUAGCUGAUGCUGCGGACUUUGAUCCGACUGCUGAUGCUGAGACUCUCUACAAUGCCAUGAAAGGCAUCGGCAGCGACAAAGAAACUAUCUUGGACCUGAUCACCUCUCGAAGCAACGCUCAGAGACAGGAAGUCAUCGCWGCUUACAAAUGCAGUUUUGGACAGGAUCUGAUUGAAGAUCUGAAAUAUGAGCUCACGGGGAAAUUUGAGCGUCUCAUCGUGAGCCUGAUGAGAACCCCAGCCUACCACGAUGCCAAGGAAAUCCAUGAUGCCGUCAAAGGGCUUGGAACAAARGAGAGGUGUCUGAUUGAGAUCCUGGCGUCCAGAAACAACAGACAYAUCCACGAGAUGGUUGCAGCUUACAAGGAUGCGUACGACAGGGACAUAGAGGAGGAUAUUAUUGCAGACACCUCAGGCCACUUUAAGAAAAUGCUGAUUGUUCUGCUUCAGGGGACCAGAGAUGAGUCCGGAGUGGUUGACGCAGACUUGGUGGAGCUGGACGCACAAGACCUGUAUGCAGCGGGAGAGGAGCAGUGGGGGACAGACGAGGCCAAAUUCAUCACGAUCCUGGGAAACCGCAGCGUGAACCACCUCCGUAUGGUUUUUGAUGAAUAUGAGAAGAUUGCAGAGGUGUCCAUCGAGGACAGCAUUAAGAGUGAACUGUCUGGAGACUUUGAAAGACUGAUGCUGGCUGUAGUUCAGUGCAUCAGGAGCGUUCCCAUGUUCUUUGCCAAACGUCUCUACAAGUCCAUGAAGGGUCUUGGCACAGCUGACAACACUCUGAUCCGGAUCAUGAUUUCUCGGUCUGAAAUAGACAUGUUGGAUAUCCGAGAGUGUUUCCGCCUCCAGUAUGAGAAGUCUCUCUACAACAUGAUCAAGGAUGACACAUCAGGAGAUUACAAGAGGACACUGCUCCAUCUGUGUGGAGGAGACGAUGACUUAGCUGGAGAGUUCUUCCCCGAGGCCGCUCAGAUAGCCUACAAGAUGUGGGAAUUAAGUGCCAUGACCAAAGUGCAGCUCAGGCCCACAGUCCGCCCUGCUUCUGGUUUUGACCCAGUGGCCGACGCACAAGCUCUGAGGAAAGCUAUGAAGGGUUUCGGGCGCGGGGACAGAUGAGCACGCUCUGAUCGAGAUCCUGGCUACCAGGAGCAAUGAGCAGAUCCAAGCCAUGAAUGCAGCCUAUCGGGACGGCUACAAGAAGACUCUGGAGGAAGCCCUGCACUCAGACACAUCAGGCCACUUCUGCCGCAUCCUGGUUUCUCUGGUGCAGGGUGCAAGAGAGGAGGGCCCCGCUGACGUGGAGAGAGCCUGUGAAGAUGCUCAGGAACUUGCGGACGCGUGCAACGCCGACUCUGACGACAUGGAGAUGAAGUUCAUGAGUAUCCUGUGCACCAGGAGCUUCCCGCAUCUCAGGAGAGUGUUCCAGGAGUUUGUCAGAUGUUCCAACAAGGACAUCGAACAGAUUAUCAAGAAGCACAUGUCAGGAGAUGUGAAAAAUGCCUUUUAUGCGAUAGUCCGUAGCGUGAAGAACCAGCCGUCUUAUUUUGCAGACCGCCUGUAUAAAGCUAUGAAGGGUCUCGGGACAGAUGACAGAGCGCUGAUCCGCAUCAUGGUGUCCCGGAGUGAAAUUGAUCUUUUCAACAUUCGCAAAGAGUUCAAGGAAACACACGACGCCUCCCUGCAUGAAUUCAUCCAGGUAGAGACUGCCAUCGGUGAUACCUCAGGAGACUACCGUAAAACCCUUCUGAUUCUCUGCGGAGGGGAAGAUUGAACCCGUCACGUCUCUGCAGCUCGGUUCUCCGGCUUUCAGCCCCCACAACAACCAGCUCAUCUCACAGAGCCAUGUGGUUUUCGCCAGUGAUCCUGACCCCCCCACCCCCAGCCAAAUCACCCCACCYUACGACGACCUGUCAGCCUCACGAGCCAGCUUUCUGCUUUAAUUCCCCCCCUUGUGGCGGUGAUGAUGUUUUGUCUUUUUUUACAGUGUCAAAUGUAACAUGAAGUUGUUCUCGUACAGAAACAGGCUUCAUGAGUACAUUAGCAGGUGUUAAAGCAGUGCCUUCAAACGAUCGCCCGCCCAGUGAGUACUGUYACUUUUAAAUAUACUCAAAUAAACUAAUAAUAAUAAAAAAAUGUKCUGUACUUCAUUUUGUUCUUGUAAUAAAUGAUGUGUUGUAACAAAGGUGAAUAAACUCACUUUUCUCUUGCA